UCUUCUACCCACAAAAUAAGUAUAAAUUAUUUCUAGUUUUCACAAAUGCUAAUGAAACAUCACUAAUGCUCGAAUAAAAGAACUCUUAUUGUCACAAUUUAAAGUCAUGAAACAAUUGUCGUUACUAAAGAUACAAAUAUAGUAACUAUUUGGCCAAAAAGCAUAAUGACAACUCAAGAAAAAGAAGUUGGAAGGGUUGAGAUGAACGCACGCAGCGUCGUCGGGAAAGCUGCAGCGGAGCCCAUUCAUGCGUUGCAAAAUUACUAAAACAUUUGCCAUUUUUGCAUUUGAUGUUUCCUUCUCCGCCUUCCCUUCUUCUUACUCUCAUAUUUCUAUGUAAAAUAAAACACCCAAACAUCCAAUUCAACAAAUAUCAAAAGAAGAAAAAAAAGUUGCUUUUAUUUCACAAUUUCUUCCUUUCUUUUCAAAAUCUCGCUGACUUGAAUCGCUAUGGCCAUCAAAAUCCCAGACUUAGGAGCAAUAUACAUUGAAUCAUGCAGGAAGCAUGGUGUCUCGCCAAGCACUGGAUUUUUAGCUGCUCUUUUCAAGGCCGAGGUUAAAAAAUCCCGUCAUGAGGAAUGUAUCCUGGAGAUUUUUGAUGGUGUGAAGGAUAUUGAUUUUCACCCACUUCUUGAAGUGUCUAUGAAAAUCAAGGAAUCUGAGAUUGACACAGUGGAUGUGAUCAAUGAAUCAUCUUGUGCAUUGACUGGAGAAUAUGCUCUGUUACUGAUGCGAUCUAUUGAUCAAAAGCUUCGAGUAGUUGAUCUCCUGGAUUUGUCAUUUGGGAAGGACUUCUUGCGGGAUCUUUCUCAAGGAGGUUUACAAUGCCAAGUUCUAAAUUUGAGGUCUUCCCAUUUUCGGAAGCUCGACUUGGUGGGAAAAUUUAUGUGGUUGCACACCCUUAACCUUGACUAUAGCACUACGCUCACUAGUUUCCGGGAGGAUUGUUUUUCUUGCAUGCCCAAUCUAAUGUGUCUCUCAAUGUGUGAAACCAGAAUUUCCAACCUAUGGACUACAAUUGCGGCACUUUCCAAACUCCUUUCUUUGGUGGAACUUAGGUUUCAGAACUGGUUAUGCUGCAAUGACGUUAGAUCCUCUGGAUCAUCCGGUGGAGAUCAUCAAACUGGAACCAGUCAGCUGAGUGGUGCAUCUUACCAUGGGACGUUGCCUAUUAGUCUUGAUUUACUUAUGGUUUUUAACUCUGUGACUGAACAUGCAAUAAAAAAUUUGCUUCCAUUCAGUAUGAAUCAUAAUUUUCAAAGCACAAAUGAGGAGUCAUCGGAUGAUAGUGAAGUAGAUUUUGCUAUUCGCCUGGAGGAUAGUUACUUGGACUUGUCAUCCAAUGCACCUCCUGGGUGGAACAGAGAGAUCAAUCUACUGAGUGAGGUUUCUUCUGCUGUGCUGUCAAAUCAAAAUGGAGAAGAGCCUUGUGAAGGUGCCUUCACAAGGCAUGUUGCAGAUGUUUCAUUCAAGUACAUUUCUGAACAUGCUUCACCAAUAUGCUUCGAGAAACAUUAUAUGGAGUACAUGAUAGCUUCAAUACCCCAGUUGAGAGUUUUGGAUAACUUACCUAUCAGAAAUAUUGACAGGGAGAUGGCUAACGUGACAUUUUUUAAAUAUUUUGAGUACCUGCCUUAUAGAAGGAACGAUAAAGAAAAUGUUGUUAGUAUAUUGCAGAAGCGUGAAAUUAGAGCAAGCCAUACUAGCUUGCGAACACCAAAGCAAAGGCCAUUGGAUCCAGCCGGGAAAUCACAUUAUUUUUACACCCGAUCUCUUUGUGCUGCAAAAAUGGGAUCUUCACCUUGGCCAUUUCUGCAUGCACUUUCUAUCCCAGGCAGCGAUUUGGGAGAUGAAAACAGGAGCUUUCGUCCAAGACAGUUUGAGUAUCAUCCAUCUUACUCCAGCCUGAUGGCCUUCGGAACUUUAGAUGGUGAAGUAGUUGUUAUCAACCAUGAAAAUGAGAAAAUUGUUAGUUACAUCCCUUCACUUGGGGCAAUGAAUAGUGUGUUGGGGCUCUGUUGGCUCAAGAAGUAUCCCUCUAAGCUGAUAGCUGGUUCAGAUAAUGGCUCACUGAAGCUGUAUGAUAUUCAGCAUUUCACAUCAACUUCCAAGUGCAUGCAUACUGGCGCUGGUUCUGUCACCUUUGAUGAGUUUGACCAAUUAACAUCUGUUCAUGUUAACUCUACAGAUGAACUCUUUCUUGCAAGUGGUUACUCUAAAAAUGUGGCUCUGUAUGAUAUCAACAGUGGAAGACGCUUACAGAUGUUCACAGAUAUGCACCAAGAACAUAUUAACGUAGUCAAGUUUUCAAACCAUUCCCCAUCAAUUUUUGCAACUUCAUCAUUUGAUCAGGAUAUUAAAAUGUGGGACCUGAGACAGAAGCCAAUAAGGCCUUGCUAUGCUGCUUCAAGUUCUAGGGGAAAUGUGAUGGUCUGCUUCUCGCCAGAUGAUCACUAUCUUCUUGCUUCAGCUGUUGACAAGGAGGUAAGACAACUUCUGGCUGCUGAUGGAAGGCUUCACCUGAAUUUUGAGAUACCUUCAACUGGCAGCCUGCAAAAUUACACUCGUUCCUACUACCUGAAUGGUAAGGACUAUAUUAUAAGUGGGAGCUGUGAUGAACAUGUUGUCCGUGUUUGCUGUGCUCAAACUGGGAGGCGUCUCAGGGAUAUUUCUUUGGAGGGAAAAGCCUCGGGGAGUUCGAUGUUUGUGCAAUCACUAAGGGGUGAUCCCUUUAGGGCUUUCAACAUGAGCAUCUUAACUGCCUACACACAACCAAGCUCGAAGUCCGAAAUUGUAAAGGUCAAUUUGCUGGCUUCUUCUGACUGUAGCAAGGAAUCUUCUCCUAAUCAGAGCUGUUGCCCAUCCAACAGUAUGGGAGGUUAAUUCAUGUACAUACAAAAGCUGCAUUAUCUCCUUUUUCCUAUUAUGUUACUUCAUAAAACCUAUAGGGUGAGAACCACAGUUUAUACAGGUUAGCACUACAGUCAAUUUGGAAUAUUCAAUUUAUCAAUUGCAAAAAUGUAAAAUGUAACUAAGCUUGUUCUUUCUGUUACUUUGCUGAUAACAGUAAGUCAGUAGCAUGUGAGAGAACUUAAAUGGGCUACUUUAGUCAGUUGAUGUGCUGGGCUGCCUUAAGUUUAGGUUUUUGUCUGUUUUAAUCUUUGGCUUUUGGUCAAACAUUUUACAUUUUGUUUAAGCCCAUUAGUUUUGUUUUUGGGUACUUUGGAACAUGUUCUUGAAAUGAAGCUCCUUAGGACUUGAAUCCUUUUCUUUUGUUGGAUAACUGAACCCAUGAAUUCCUACAAACUACAUUAAUUAUAGUAUCAUCAAUGAUGAUAGAUGACAUUACGCAUUGGUAGUCAUUGUUACAAAUCAUGCAUUUGGCAUGCUUCGAUUCAAACAUGAAGUUAAAUCUGUACAUGCCAAUGUUAUAAGUGAGCCAAUGACUGGGAAAUUUGCGUCACAUCUUCUGUAGAUUAGAAAGAGACCUGUAAAAGGGUAUUUUCAAGGAUUAGACAGUUAUUAGGUAUUCAUG